GCUAAAUUAGACAUCCAUUCAUACUUAUGAAUCAACGUUGUAAACAUUCUAAACGUUAGAAACUCAAUUUUAUAAACAAAUUAAUGUAUUUAUCAGAGAUAAGAAAGAUACUAGGUACAUAGAUAACAUUUUUGUACCAAAAUUAGAGGUUACAUUGCACCUUUCAACGAGACAAUUGUUUGAUUUUACAAAAAAAUAUAUUACAAUUAAAAAUUCCCAAUAGUCAAUUAUGUCACAAGAAACUUUCAAACACUUCUGCGACUGUCUUUACAAAUGCGCAGAAAAAAUUGAAGAAGAAUUGAAGACCAACAUUCUAGAUACCGAAGAUUUAAUAAUAAAAAGCGAAACAAUCGACGUUAAAUUACCAUUACAAAAAGUCAAGAUUUAUCACUACAACGAAAUACUACAAAUAAUGAACGGUAUUAAAAUUAACAUAAAAAAAAUCGUUUACCACGAUAAUUGUAUCAAGAAAUUAGAAAUUACCAGGAAGCUGUCGGAAGAUGAAGUAAAGAACUAUUUUGCAAUCAAGAGUAAAAGUACCGAGGAUUUAACUUCUACAGAACCAGUUAGAAUGAGACAUUCCAGAAGAGCAUCAUCUACAACUUUAUACGAAUACACUCUAAGCACUUGGGAGGCCUAUUUGCAGAAGAAGGAACAACAGAUUGACGUAACGCAGACUAAAUCGACUGUAGCCAAACGAAGUGCACCCAAAACCAAAAGGAAGCAAAGAAAAUUGGUAUCCUCUACAUUUAACGAUAUUUUAGAUACAGAAAAUAAUGACGAUUUUGAUAUUGAAGCUAGUAGUAAAACUAAUUAUAUUCAAGAAGUGGAUGAGGAUGAAGAGGAAAAUUGUACUGUAUCAGUUAGUUCUGAAGAUGAACCUGCAGUUGAUGAUUUAGAUAAUAAUUACUAUUCAAAUAAUGAUACAAAACCUAAAAUAGUGGAUUUCACAUACAAGAAAAAAAGUAUCGAAGAAGAUUGUAUACGACAGGAUUGAUUUACGGAUGUAUUAAUGAAACAUUAAAGGGCUUUACUGUUGUUUUUGAGAGACAAAUUAAUGGAGGAAGAAGUCUGAAAAAUAUUAGAUUUAAUCAUUAACAAUGUUUA